AUGAUGUACCUAAGUGUUGGUCUAUACUUUAAUGCACCUGUGUUCACGCAUGGCCAGCUUUAUGUAGCAGUGUCGCGUGUGACCUCAAAAAAGGCUUUGAAAAUCCUGAUUGAAAAUGAAGAUGGCUCGGAUGCAAGGUGUGAGUCAACAAUGCCAGUAGUGAGUCGAGAGAAGUGGAGAAGAGGGUCCCUCCAGGCUCCAUACAUGAAUGGUGGUGGCAUGUGGCAAUGUCGGGGAAAGCAAGGAAGAUGUUGUUGUACAUCGUCGAACAUAUAA